GUGUAAAAUACUGUGUGCGUUGUGCUACCUAUCACCUGUAGGGACUCUCACGUAGCACCGUCUUUUCAGCUGCAAUAGUGUUGCGAAGAUGUCCGCGCCCCCUAUCCCCAAGCUUCCUGGCUACAACGUGUGCUUGCCGCAAUCCUUGAGCGACAAAGGUUUUAAGAAGGGCCAGACGCUUUCUUACAUCAACGGUUACCAGCGAGAGGAGACUAUUUCCGUCGUGAAGGACCUGCCUGAGCACAUUGCUCAAGCGACGGAUGGAGCUCUCGCAUCUCCAGGGGCCACGCUAUCGGCCAGCAUGCUUGCCCCUGAUGCAGCAAGCAAGCUUCCUCAAUGGGUAGAGAACGAUCGCAAGGUUCUCCGCUUCUAUGGGUACUUCAAGGAGUCGGUGGUGGAGAGCAACAUGGAGAAUCACCGCAUCCGCAAGGUCAUCCUUUACUAUUACCUUGAGGACGACAGCAUGCACGUUGCGGAGCCGCGGCAGGACAACAGCGGCAUCCCGCAGGGUGUCUUCAUCAAGCGCCACCGUGUGACCCGCGAGGAUGGCGGCUUCUUCAGCCCGGCUGACUUUGGCGUCGGCGCUACGGUGACCAUCUACGGGCGCACGUUCUUCAUCGUCGACGCGGACACCUUCACGCGCGAGUUCAUGGCAGAUAAGGCCGGCAAGGAGCAGCCCCCUGCGAUUCCCUACCCUGACGACCCCGUGGAUGGAUACCGCACCGCCUUCGGCAUGAACCGCGGUCGUGCUGAUGAUGCUAGCGCUGGCACCCUGACGCGCCGCAUGAACGACUUCAAGGCGUACGUUGAGGCGCGCCUCGGAAAGCCCAGCCACCUGCUGGACGGCGACCGGUUGCGUCAGUUCCUGGAGAACAACAAAAAGGUGCUGCGCUACUGGUGCGUUUGGGACGAGCGCAACUCCAUGUACGGUGACCGCCGGCCGUACGUGCUGCACUACUUCCUGGAGGAUGACACAGUGGAGAUCCUGGAGAUCAACGAGAGCAACAGCGGCCGCGAUCCCUUCCCAGUCUUCCUGAAGCGCGGCCCUCUGCCAAAGGUGCCGGUGAAGACCAACACCACCCUGAACCCCCGCUACCGCAAGGACCAGUGCUAUGGCCCAGGCGACUUCCGGCUGGGCACCUUCAUCACGGUGCUGGGCCGUGACUUCUUCCUGCACGAUGCCGACACCUUCACAAAGGUGUGGUACAAGGACAACAUGGGCUACGGCGACGAGGAGCUGACGCCCGUUGACAUCAAGGAGCCCAUCCUGCCCAAGCCCCGCGCCGCCCUGCCGCCGUACAAUGGGUACGGAACGCUGGAGGACAGCCUUCAGAACUGCCUCAGCCUCGUACCCAAGCCGCCCAAGCGCGACCUGCACAAGCUCAUGAACAAGGACAAGAUCAUCCUGCGGUUUGUAGUGCGCAUGGUGGACACGGAGAGCCACAAGCACUCCAACACUGACCUGGCUCGCCGCUUUAUCCUGUCGUACUUCAUGAUGGACGACUCGCUGCUCAUCUUCGAGCCGCCGGUGCGCAACACGGGCAUUGCCGGCGGCAAGUUCCUGGAGCGCCAGCGGAUCUACAAGCCGCGCAGCGAGGAGAUCUACACGUACCUUGACUUGUACGUGGGCAGCGUCAUUGAGGUGUUCAACCGCAGCUUCGAGCUGCUGGAGGCGGACGAGUACACGCUCACGUACAUGGAGAACUACCGGGACAUCUUCGUCAUGGCGGACACGGACGUGAUGAUCCGGUCAGUCAAGGCGCAGGUCACGGGCAAGGAGGACGCCGUGCGCGCGGCGCUCAUUGCAGCGGACAAGGCGGGCGCAGGCGCGUUGGGCGGCGAGGACCUGGAGGCGGGCUUGCUGGCAGCCGGGCUGAAGUUCACACGGCACCAGGCUAUCAGCCUCAAACGCCGCCUCGAUAAGAACAAGACGGGGACAAUCAGCAUCGAGGAGUUCCUGGGCCUGCUGGGGAUUUAAAUAGCUGGUCGGGUACAUGGGGAGUAAGGGUUGGGGCCUAGCAGGUUAGGGGUGGUGUCCAACGGUGGAUUACCGUGGCGGGAUGACGGCUGCGGCAGUAAUUGGGCAUGCAGGCUGGUGGGCUGGUUCAAUUUUGAUUUGCUGCUCACAUGCUGGCGUGUACGAAUGCUUCUCGCUGCUGCAGUGUUGGUCACGACAUGUGAGCCCUUGGUUACGUAGUGUGGAGAUGUCUCUAAACGUAGUAUGUAUUAAGGUGACUAUAAACCAUGUUCGUGCGCGAUCGAACCUGUUACCCACGUGGUUUGUACAGCUUGCCUCCAUGGCAUGCGGUGGGCGGGGACUGUGCGUUCUGAGCUAACCAAUGUGACCCCAUGCACUGUGCAUUCUUACGUGACCUUGAACUUUCAGAUAGGGCGUACAUAGGCAGGCUAGACAUGCGACGUAAUCUAGGCAGGUUGUACAGGUAGGGCAGGCUAAGCAUUUACUAGUGAUGGAGCUGUCGUACGUGGUUUGCGCUGUAGUUCAUGAUAGCGAAGGCUUCCGUACAUUACUAGUCGGAUCGGACCUAUAAUGGGUUUGGCAUGUUAGCCUGCGCGCUGAGAUGCAUGCGCAUCGAACGUACCUUCAACAGGCGAUGUAAUAGAUAUAGGCCACCCUGUUACAGACGGCCGCAUUAUACCCAUGU